CGGUUUAGUCAGGCGGAGUGGCGUGCAUGCCUUGUCGCCUCAGGCGGCGUCAGGCACCCUAACUAUCGCUUAUCUUCGGAUGGCGUGCGAAGUCGCCGUUCUCUCCUGAAGACGCCGACCCGACCGGACUUUUGCGAUUUACUUGCUGCUACAUCUCCUACAUUCUUUUAUCUGUAUACUAUCAGGAGUACCUACACCGCAUUCAUUUGUCUGUAUCACUGCUGAGGAAGGACCGGUGUGACGUAUGUACAAUUCGAUCCUCGAUAUAAAGCGCAAUUGACCUUGUGGUCUGGCUUCGCAAUCCUUCUUUCCUUCCGUCGAUAUACCCCGGACCGCGUUUAUCGGCGAUCUCAGUCCUUAAGUACUACUCUAUCGAUAACCAUAAAUACCUCGAACAUCUAUACCACCUUGCGUGAAACAACCGAACCUACCAAACCCCUACAGAAACCGUUAUCGUCUAUCAACAUGCCCUACAUCAGCAACAGAUCCGCCUCUUCUCCGGUCAUCCCGAACCAGAACCCUACUCCUCCCCCAGACACUGCUUUCGAGAAGCUCAUCCACGAUCUUAGUGCCGCAUUAGGGCCAAGCUCGGGGCUUGAUUCGGAUGACGUCGACCCACUCGAUAUCCAGUGCCUGAUGGGGGACUAUGUCUCCAAUUCGGAGGAAUGGGCACAAUAUGCUUUGGGGGAUAGCAGUCGGCCGUAUACAAGGAACCUCAUUGACGAGGGGAAUGGGAAGAGUAACUUGCUUAUCCUAGUUUGGAGUCCCGGGAAGAGCAGUGUGAUCCACGAUCAUGCCAAUGCGCACUGUGUCAUGAAGAUCCUCAAAGGCACCCUCCAAGAGACCCUCUAUUCGUGGCCAGAUCAGGAGAAGGUCGAGCAUGGACAAGUAUCGCCUCCACAGGUGAGGAGGGAGACUUCUUAUGGCAAAGACCAGGUCACCUACAUGUCCGAUGAAUUGGGUCUUCACAAAAUCUCCAACCCUGAUCCGAACAACUUUGCCGUCUCAUUACACUUGUAUACACCACCUUACGCUGCUUUACACGGUUGCUCCAUCUUUGAUGAGAAAACCGGCAAAGCAAAGCAUAUCAACCAGAACAAUUUCUAUUCGGUACGAGGAGUGCGAAGCUAGAUAGACCGUGCCGCCUGACGAUAUGAUACGACGACCACUUGAUGUUGGCUACGACUGUCCAUUGAUGGAACACUCGACAUGGCUUCUUCGUGGACAUGAUUGGGAGACAUGGAAGAUUACGCCGUAACGAAUUUUGUUUGCUGUGCUUGGCGACUAUUCAUAUGUUUUUGCUUAUCUCUUGAACGGUGUAGUCACUGUUCAAGUGCAAGCAAUUCUGUUAUGCAUUAUUCUUAAUAGUUAGUUUUGUCUAGAAUGGAUACCCACC